GUUUUCAAUGCAGAUGAAAUUUCUCAAAGAUUGAUCUGCAAAACAUAACCCUGGUAAUGUAGAAAUAUCACGGUAUUAUAUUGGUUUUACUUUCCCUUUCAAUUCAUGAAAUCAAAUCAAAAAGUGUUGGUCACAGUUAAUAAUAAAUUCCUUAUUCCCCUCUUCCAAUAAAAAAAAUCAGAAGCAGCCAUAGACAACAAUAAAAUCAAACCCAUUUCGCAGAGUACGAAUUUCAUAUUCAAUUUGGGGUCAAGUGUCUGGUGCCCGUUCCUCAAACUAAAAUCCGCAAACAAAAAUGAAGUCAUAUCAGUACAAUAUGUGGUUCAAAGGAGUACAGUAUAACCUUGAAAUAACAAUAUGGGUCAAACCUUUACAUUAUCAAACCUUGUGCAAAACAUUUAUCCAAGCUCGGGGAGAAUGACUACAAGCACCACACGGGUUGGAACUCUGAGCUGCAAAUUUUGUGCUCAUGAACAUCAUCAGCUGCAACUGCAUUCGCGGAUAAUCAGCGGUAUCGAGUGGGUCCACAGGUUGCGGAUAGUGGGAGGCUUCAUACUCGGAGUAGCUGCAACUGUAAACGGCGACAAUCAGCGGUAUCGAGUGGAUAGUCUGCGUGAAAGUUCGGCCGACCCCGGCCUAAGUGCAUGUGAUACUCGAUACGACAAGUGGGAUUUGGAUACAACUCUGAAAUUGGACAAUUCUUUCAGCUGGGCAAGUGAGCCAACCUUCUUUAUUCAACCAUGGGUGGUCUCAUUUGAACAACAACCCCAAACCAUAUGGUGUAAACCGCCAUCUUGUCAUCAAGCUGAUCGACGUUUUGCCAACAUACACAAAGAAAUUUUUGUGCGUGUAUGUAUACGUGGGCGAACAUGAGCAGAGAAUAUGCGAGAAAAAAGAUAACAACUACGAGAAAGCAAGCAAAAAUCUGUCAUCUUAAUACCGUCAAACCUGGCCGGCUGUUAACGCGUGAGACCACCUUUUUAAAUCCGCCUUGGGAGUACAUGUGCCGUCUGAGAGAUGA